AUGCAUCAUGAUGAACAGGUCACUUGUCCGGAGAUUCGGUUGGCAACGACGUCCAUGCUGGACCACGAACUUCCCAAAUCACGGCCGCCACGUCCGGUAGACCCGGGAGUACCAGCCGACCCCCCCAAUCUGUUACCGACCAUCAAUGGCGGAUCCGGUCAAACGGUUUCACCCACGAAUGAAACUACCCUCCAUGGUGCCCGCCUAUGGAGCCUCAUUGGGGGUUUGUAUCUAGCCGUCUACUUGGUCGGGCUUGAUCUGUCCAUGCUAUCUACCGUAAUACCAAAGCUUUCGGAUUACUUCCACAGAAUAUCAGACGUUGGCUGGUACGAAAUAGCAUACCUUGUGCCAAUAUGCGUCCUCCAGCCAUUGGCCGGCCAGAUAUACACCGUCAUGCCAAGCAAGCACACAUACCUGGCCUUCUUCACCGUAUUCGAGCUCGGUAGCCUUGCGUGCGCCGUCGCGCCAACGAGCCCCGUCUUCAUCAUCGGUAGGGCUAUCACGGGAAUUGGCGCCGCCGGCCUCAUGAACGGCGGCCUCGUCAUCAUAUCCGCUGCGUGUCCGCCUCGGAUACGGCCCAUGAUCACCGGGGCCGCAAUAUCGCUCAUACCCCUCGGCGGCAUCACCGGCCCCUUGAUCGCCGGCGCCCUGACCGAUCACCUUGGCUGGAAGUGGUGCUUUUGGAUCUUUCUCCCUGUCGGCGCCGUCACAGCCAUCAUCAUCGUCGCCGUUCGCAUCCCCGAACAGGCCCCGAAGCCCCCUUUCCGCCAAGCGCUCUCCGAGCUGCCCCGAAGCGUCGACCCCGUAGGCUUUCUCCUCUUCGCGCCAGCAAUCAUAGAACUACUCCUUGCCAUCAGCUGGGGAGGCGCCGAUUUUGCGUGGUCCUCGCCCACGAUCAUCGGGCUUUUCUGCGGCUCCGUGGCGACGAUGAUCGCGUUCGCCAUGUGGUCAAGAUACGCAGGGGAAAGGGCUCUGAUCCCACGAAGCACGAUGCUUCACCCGCUCGUUGUCUUCGGUAGUGCUGUUGUCGCGAUGCAGGGCGGCUCCACGACCGUGGUCACAUACUAUCUUCCCCUGUGGUUCCAGGCCAUCCAGGGGGUGAGCGCGGUCGGGGCCGGCGUGAGGCUGCUACCUUCGAUGAUUUCAAUGAUUGCCGGCAUGAUGACUGCGGCAGUAUUAGUCCGGAGGCUGCAUUACGUGCCACCUUGGGCAAUAGCGGGUAGCAUACUCUCGGCAGUUGGCACGGGGCUCUUGACGACGCUCUCCGUGACCUCGACUACUGGGCACUGGAUCGGAUACCAAAUCCUCACAGGGUACGGGCGCGGAAUGGCGCUUCAAAUACCGGUGAUUGCCGUCCAGGAAAGCCUUCCUAGCGAAGAGCUUGCUAUGGCGACGUCGAGUCUCACCCUACUCAUGUAUCUCGGGAGUGCGAUUGGCACGUCUGUAGGCCAGACCAUAUUCCGAAGCGGUAUACCAGGUGCCCUGGCGCAAUAUGCCCCUUUCGUAGACCCCGAGCUGGUGAUCAACACGGGCGCCACGGAGAUUCAGCAGUUGGUGACACCAGACCAGUUGCCUGGGCUACUGCGGGCCUAUAACGAGGCAUUGACCCAGAUCUUUUUCUAUCCAACGGCGAGUGCAGCUGUUGCUGUUUUGCUUGCGUUUGGUUUAGGUUGGAAGAGAAUAGGAGUCGACGAUGAUAGUCCAGACACAGCGGGGGUUACCAUGUCAGAAAUGGACACAUGUAGGUCUGGCACAGCGGUAUCAUAG